AUGCAGUACAAGUGCUUCGGGCCGGCGCUCAAGCAUCUCUGUCUGAGCUUCACCGACGCAUUCUACAAUUUGGAUCGCGAGUACGAGGAGGCAGCCGAAUGGGGAACUUUCAAUGAGUUUGAGGAAAGAAAGCCGAGGGCGUACAUCACAAGGUUGCUUCGAGAGCGACUAUUCUUUGCUGUCAAUUCCGAGGUGGAUGAGAAGACGUCCUUGACGCUACACAACGCGUGGCCCGACGACUUUGAGCCUGGGCUGGCGGAUACGAUGAUCUAUGAACUACCGAGGAGUACGGAGAAUGGCGACGGUGACUGGAAAAGGCAGCUCGCGAUGACGACUUGGGAGAUGGAGAGUCACAUGUCAGAGUUGGAAAAGCGGAUGAAAGAUGGCAGAUGGGGAGCCGAUGUCUGGCGACCUACGAUGAAACCUUGGAAUGUCCGAUUCACCAAUAUGGCGCCCAUCCCAGCCAAUACCGACAUCAUUUCGGCCGUUCUCGAUACUGAUUCCUUCGGUCAAAAUGAACUGUUAGAUGGGCCGUUCAAGAAGUGGUGGGAAGAAGUCGUCAGCUUUGGGGGAUCAGUGAAGUGCGACUGCUGCGAGAUCUUCAAGAAGGGACACCCCAAAAUCGAUGCCUACAAGUACUCGUACAAUACUCGCAGGGAAAGAUUCAAAUCCAUCCGGGACGGGAAAGAGCGGAUGAAAUUUACGAAGAGUACCAGUUCAGCCGGGCUGAAGAAGAAUCAUACGAUAAUGAGGCAGCCUUAUAUGGUUACUUCUCGCAAUAGUGUUGGUGUAAACACUUGA